GCAGCAAGAUGGUGCAGAAGAAAUCAGAGAUCCCGGGUUUCCACCGCUCCUUCAAGGGACAAAACCCCUUCGACCUGGAGUUCGACCAGUCCAACCACCUGGAGCCCGUCUUCAACUUUGAGUGCCCGCCCCGUCCCGACAUGCCUUCAAGUCAACCCAUCGAUAUCCCCGACGCCAAGAAAAGGAACAAGAAGAAGAAGCGCUGCAGAGCCACCGACAGCUUCUCCGGCAGGUUUGAAGAUGUUUACCAGCUGCAGGAGGAGGUGCUGGGAGAAGGGGCCCACGCCAGAGUCCAGUCCUGCAUUAACCUCAUCACCAACAAGGAGUACGCGGUGAAGAUCAUAGAGAAGCGCCUGGGACACAUCCGCAGCAGGGUCUUCCGGGAGGUGGAGAUGCUGUAUCAGUGCCAGGGACACAGGAACGUCCUGGAGCUGAUCGAGUUCUUUGAGGAGGAGGAGAGGUUUUACCUGGUGUUUGAGAAGAUGAGAGGAGGCUCCAUCCUGACCCACAUCCAUCGGAGACGCCACUUCAACGAGCUGGAGGCCAGCGUGGUGGUGCAGGAUAUCGCCAGCGCCCUGCACUUUUUGCACAACAAAGGAAUCGCACACAGGGAUCUAAAACCAGAAAAUAUUCUGUGUGAGAGCCCGGACCAGGUCUCCCCAGUGAAGAUCUGUGACUUUGACCUGGGAAGCGGCAUCAAACUCAACGGCGAUUGCUCCCCCAUCUCCACCCCGGAGCUGCUCACCCCGUGCGGCUCCGCCGAGUACAUGGCCCCGGAGGUGGUGGAAGCCUUCAAUGAGGAGGCGUCCAUCUACGACAAGCGCUGCGACCUGUGGAGCCUGGGCGUCAUCCUGUACAUCAUGCUGAGCGGGUACCCCCCCUUCGUGGGCCACUGCGGUUCCGACUGCGGCUGGGACCGGGGCGAGGCGUGCCACACCUGCCAGAACAUGCUCUUCGAGAGCAUCCAGGAGGGGAAGUACGAGUUUCCCGACAAGGACUGGGCGCACAUCUCCUUCGGAGCCAAAGACCUCAUUUCCAAACUGCUGGUGAGAGAUGCCAAGAAGCGGCUCAGCGCGGCCCAGGUCCUGGAGCACCCCUGGGUGCAGGGGUGCGCCCCAGAUAACACCCUGCCGACCCCCAUCAUCCUGCAGAGGAACAGCAGUGCCAAAGAGCUCACCUCCUUCGCCGCCGAGGCCAUCGCCGUCAACCGCCAGCUGACGCGGCGCGACGAGGAUGAGGAGGAGGAGGCGGAGGAGGAAGCACGACCCAUCAUCAUCAAAGCUACCUCACGGGCCAUGCAGCUCUCCCCCCCCUCCGAGUCCAAGCUGGCCAAGCGGCGGCAGAAGAGCAGCCUGGCCAAGGCGGUGGCCCCCGGGCAGCACCUGGUGGCCCCACUGGUCCUGGUGGCCGACCAAGCCUGAGCUGUGCCCCUCGGACCUGCUGUACCCCGUGUCCCCCUCCUCUUUCUUUCUUUCUUUCUCCCCCCCCCACCCCAAAAACCCCACUGUUUCUGGCUAGUGACAAGAUCAGGACUCGUCCCUGUGGCUGGUUUCCAAGGUUUUGCUGAUCUUGUAGGUCUGGGGGUGGGAGGGUUUGUUUAAGAUCUUUUUUUUUUUAAGGUAUUAAAUCAAGCGUGAGGUUGCUUCACCCAGGGCACACUCAAGGACAUCUGACA